AUACCUACGUUUGAGAGAGUUCAUAUUUAUGGUUAGUUUAUAAUUAAAAACGAAAGUUAUUUGAUUUCCUCUCCUUCAAGACUGCAUGAUGUUUUUUUAAAGCAAAAUAAGGUAAAAGUUUUACAUGAAUGUGAUCAAGCCAGUAAUCAGGGUGAGAUCUAUAAAAAGAAACUUCCACGUCAGUAUUGAUUUCUGAGGAAAUAAAACACGGAAGAGGAAUUCCAUUCGGUAUAUAAGAAGUGCCCUAUACUGUAUUUAAAAGUCAUAAGAUACAGGAAGCUCAGCUAACGACCAAGAUCGGUUUCUAUAACAGUUUUAAUUUCGAUACCAAAAAUGAACAACGAGACGUUACCAUCGAUGAAAUACAGUGGAUGCACUUGCAGGAAAACAGCCAAUUUUGACUACAAAAGAAAGAGAAAGGGAAAGAAAUUUAAUGUUUACAAGGGGAGAAUGUACUCCUGUUCCAAUGACAUUCAAACAGCGGCCGUAAAAAUAAACACGCGCGGAGAAGGGACCCAAGAGGACCUCGCGGACUACGUGGAUUCCUCACAAGCUGCACAAGAUCUUGUCAACAAAUUUUCAAAAUUGUGCAACGUUUCUGUGCGCUUUCCCGAGUGCCAUGUUGCGGAGAUGGACACUGUUGCUGUUUUCAACAGAUUCUUUUCCGGGAACUGUAGGAAACCGUCAAGCGAUGAAGUCAUUUUGUUUGAACCCUAUAUUGAAGAUCUGCAAUGCUUUAUUUCCAGAGCCGGUGUUGUUACGGAGGCUUGUCCAGCAGUGAUUCGCGAACUCUGCCAUUUUUCAUUUCACGAAUCCAAUGGCACGAACAUUCUUAGGGGAUUGAAAGGUGCCUGGGAGAAAAAUGGAAAAGGGUUUAGACUUGCAUCGCCGGCAACAAAAUAUUUUCCUGAAAAAUGCAGUACAUCUGAAAUUCAGUGUGCCAUAACGAACUUCUUCUCCUGCCACAAAUGCAGCAGUCGCUGCGAGAAAUGGUUGGUGCCAAGUCAAGUACAAUCAUCACCGCGCGUGUGCCAGACAAGUGCUAAAACAGGACUUAAUUUUCCGCAGUGGGACUCUUUGCCGCCUCCGUACGAAUCCCGUGAAUACAGGAACUGCUUUGAGAAGUGGCAGGUACCAAAUCCGGUGGAAUCGUCAUUAUUCACAAACCAGCCCGGGGACAAGAACAAUCUUGGUGUGUCUCUCUGGGACAUCCCUCCUCCUGCAUAUGAUGAUACUGUGUUUGUGAGUUGACACGAAGUGACAUGUAAAGCUUGAUUUGGAUACUACAUAAUGCUUCCGGUGAUUAUUUUGCAUUUGUUUUGUUAAUCUGAGUUUUGUUGUGCUUUGAAUUUGAAAUAAUGCAUGCGUUAAUUUCAUUUGUAAUGACUUAUAAAUUAAGUACUUUACGUGUGAAAUAAAGGUUAUUUUCAUUAA